AGAGCAUCCCUUAUAUUUAGCUUCUACACUUCUUAUAUUAAAGAAGGAGAUCUAACCCAAGAAAAUAGCUACUCAUUUUCCAUUUUUAGCGAGUUGAUAAUUAACAAAUCAUUGCUUUUUUCUCUUUCCAUAACUGUCUAAUUAUACAUAUACUUGACUUCUCGUCCAUUUCCCCCUUUUUUGUGUAUGAGGAUUUCUCUCGUUUUCUCUUUCUUAAGGAAGAAGAACAAGAAGAAGAUUAUAGUUUGAUUUUAUUGAAUUUCCAAAUGUUUAAAACAUUUUCUAUGUCCUCCCGAAUGGGAAGAGACUUGCAAAGAUACAAUGAAGGUUGUCGUCAAGUUGUUGGAUGCAUUCCUUAUAGAUACAGAGAAACCAAGCAGUCAUCUUCCAAUAAUGGAGCCAGAAUUGAUGAUUUAGAAUUUCUAUUGAUUAGCUCACAGAAGAGUCCAAGAGUAAUGUUCCCUAAGGGUGGUUGGGAAAUUGAUGAGUCAUUGAAAGAUGCAGCUUUACGAGAGACUUUUGAAGAAGCUGGGGUUCUCGGCGAGGUUGAGGUUCAGGACUACUUAGGUACAUGGAGUUUCAAGAGCAAAAGCCAAGGCACAUUUCAUGAGGGGCACAUGUUGCCUUUGCUUGUCACUGAGGAAUUAGAUGAUUGGCCUGAGAAAACUGCCCGUCGGCGUUUCUGGAUGAAAUUUAAUGAAGCGCGGGAAGUAUGUUGGCAUCCAUGGAUGAAGGAAGCGUUAGACGUCUUUGCUUCAAAGCUUGCUAAUAGAAAUAAAGAAGAGCCUCAGACAUCAUGCCCCUUCAACGAAUUGUCAGAUAAAACAAUGACAAACAUUGAUACUACAGUCGCUAACCAAAUGUACAAUGAUGAACCAAGAAUGGAAGCUGAAGCUAAUCCUUUGACUUGUGAAGAACCAAGCAUCAAUCCAAUCUUCGAAGAUGAGCAGAUAAUUAGUACUGUAGCCGAUUCCAUGUUCAACGAGACAUUGUUCAGUGAAGAACUGGGAAUUAGCCAUGUAGCUGCACCAAUGUUCAAUGAAAGUAAAAGAAUAAGUAUUAUCGCUCACAGCUAGCAACGAAAGAAAAAUGAGAAUCAGCAAGCUUAAGAAGCAUUAGUGGCGAAUCUGGAAUUUAGAAGUUGUGGGUUCUGAGUUAAGGGAGUUGGUUCUGAAAUGUAUAUCAUUCUAUUUCCACACACACACACACACAUAAAUAUAGUUAGCACUGGUUCUGCCGAAUGUGGUGAACUCAUCGUUGGAUCCGCCUGAGAAACAAAAAUGGGCAUUGUAACCAAGGAUACCUAUUCAGUAGAAUUCUCAAGGUGCCAGGAACCAAGAAUGAAGAUAGCAUGUGAAAGUAUGUGUAAAAUGUAAAUAGAUUAGGAACUUAAGGGUGUACAUAGUCUUUCUUUUGUUCCUUGUUGUAAAUACUCCCUGACCAAUAUAUUAUGAAUGUAGAGACUGACAUAUUAUAUAUGGUUUCCUUGUUGUAAAUACUCCCUGACCAAUAUAUUAUGAAUGUAGAGACUGACAUAUUAUAUAUGGUUUCCUUGUUGUAAAUACUCCCUGACCAAUAUAUUAUGAAUGUAGAGACUGACAUAUUAUAUAUGGUUUCCUUGUUGUAAAUACUCCCUGACCAAUAUAUUAUGAAUGUAGAGACUGACAUAUUAUAUA